AUGUCCUCAUUAGAUCAUGAGAAUAAUACAAUAAGCCUGCAGGAGCUUAGCAAAGAGCCUCUGCUUGCCGUCCCACCUCAUUACAUUCAGUUGGAUCAAGAAUCGCCAUGUUCUUCUCCAAGCCAUCUAAUGCCAGCUAUUCCCAUCGUUGACAUGGAAAGUAUGACUCUUGGCCAAGCCAAGGAUUUUGAACUACAAAAGCUGCAUUCAUCUUGCAAAGAAUGGGGUGUAUUUCAGGUGGUGAACCAUGGAGUUAGCUCUUCAGUGGUGGAGAAAUUGAAAUACGAAAUUGAAGAAUUUUACAAGCUACCUUUAGAAGAGAAGAUGAGGUACAAGCUGAGGCCUGGUGAUGUUGAAGGUUAUGGCCAAACAAUUGCUAACUUAACAGAUCAAAAAAUUGAUUGGGGUGAUAGGUUUCUUAUGGUAGUCAACCCCAUCCAUAAGAGAAAUCCCCAUCUCCUACCAGAGCUCCCUUCAUCCCUUAGAGAAGCCGUGGAGGCUUACUUUAAAGAAACCCAAAAGCUUGCCAUGGUUUUGUUUAAACUCAUUGGGCAAGCUCUGGAAAUAGAUAAGAGAGAAAUGGAAGACAUGUUUGAAGAUGGGCUGCAAUUAGUUAGGAUGAAUUACUAUCCUCCAUGUCCCCAACCAGAGCUGGUUGUGGGACUUAGGCCUCACUCAGAUGCUAGUGGACUCAGCAUUCUUCUUCAAGUCAAUGGGGUGGAAGGCUUACAAGUGAAAAAGAAUGGAGUCUGGAUUCCUGUGAACAUCCUCCCAAAUGCCUUUGUGCUUCAUAUAGGAGAUGCUAUGGAGAUCUUCAGCAAUGGAAUCUACAAAAGCAUUGUGCAUAGGGCAACUGUAAACUCAGUGAAGGAAAGAAUCUCAAUAGGAAUGUUUUUCAAUCCCAAGUUGGAAGUGGAAAUUGGACCAGCAACUUCCUUGAUAAACGAAAAAAAUCCACCUCAGUACAAAAGAAUGCCAAUGGAACAGUAUGUCCAAAAUUUCUUCUCUCGCAAGCUUCAAAGCAAGACGAUCAUAGAUCAAAUGAGGAUUAAAGGGGAGCAACCAAAUACUGAAUAAAGUUUUUAUUCUCAAGAAAAAAUAGCAUACAUUCUGCACUUGAAUUUGGAGUUGAAGUUGAUGUGUACAAAUUUGUGCUUCUUUGUGUGGCGUGUAAUUCUCAACAUUAAAUGAGUAGGUCCUUACCCUACUAUCCGCUACUGUUGUAGGAUACAUGUUCUUAUCCUACUGUCUGCUACUGGCGAUGAAGAGUUAUGUCUCCUUGUAUUGCUUAA